CUUCACCUCCAAGUUCACCAUGGACGCCCAGAAACAGCUUCAAGCACUCUCGGAAGAGUUCCAGGGAUUGCAGACCGAGCUUGAGGUUCUGGUCGAUGCCCGCCAGAAACUCGAAUCGCAGCAGCAAGAGAACGAAGGCGUACAGACCGAGUUCGCCCAGCUGGACGAUGAAUCCAACAUUUACAAGCUUGUUGGCCCGGUGUUGCUGAAGCAGGAUAAGACCGAAGCCACCAUGGCCGUCAACGGUCGGUUGGAGUUCAUUGAGAAGGAGAUCAAGCGAAUUGAAGGCGAGAUUGAGGCGACACAAGAAAAGAGCGAGAAGAUGCGCUCAGAGCUCAUCCAACUCCAAAGCCAGGCUCAACAGCAGGCGGCUGCUGCUUCGGCGUCCGCAUAAACUCAAAAGCUC